AUGUCAAUCGGAGGAAAGUACGUGAGGGCUCCAGAGCCGCACAGCGAUUCUGAAGACGAAGACGAACACAUCAGCGAAUGGCAGCAAGAAGCAGCUAACCAUGUCAAGCAAGAACAGUUGGACGAGUGUGACGUUAGUUCCGCGAACGAGACACUUGGAAGUGAUGACGACACCGAUGAUAAUGAAGACGGAAACAUCGAACCCAGAGAAGAUCGUGACAUGACGCUGCGAGGAAACCAGGAUUACGCCCUUAGAAUGGACAGAAUGCAGAGCACGCUAAAUAAAUUGUUGGAACAUUGGAAUCGAGACCCCGGACCGUCAACCAGUUCGGGUAAUAUUCGUUGGGAAAAUAUUCAACCAUUCCCGAACGACGUCCCUGCAAAUCAGAUGUGGGAACAAUGGAAUAGAUUUAUUGAUCGAUUUGAAAUUGCCACCUCGCUAUCCAACGUAAACGAUCCCGCAAAACGAUCCCAAAUUUUGUUUCUCUCCAUGGGAGAAAAGCUGCAAGGGAUCGUUAGAGCAGCAAGAUUGCGCCCAAGCCUACGUGAACCUAAUUGCUAUGGUAUUUUCGUUAAGAGUAUCGAAAACUACCUGCAGUCCAUGGUAGACAUAACGGCAGAACACGAAGCUUUCUCGAACCUGCGCCAAGAACCAGAUGAGCCUACAAUCACAUUCCAUGCAAGGCUUAUGGAAAAAGUGCGCCUCUGCCGAUAUAGCAGCGCCGACGAGGAUAGAUUUGUCCGAAUGCAGCUAUUGAAGGGUAUGCGGAACAAAGAAUUGGCCAAGACAGCCCGCACCUUUGGGUAUGAAACAGCUUUCAUUGUACAAUCGGCAACACGUGAGGAGGCAUUCGAAGCCGAAGCAGGACCAUCCAGAUCUUCCCAGGCAUUUGCAGUAACACGAAAUCGUCAAACAACAUACGGUGACAGAUUUCCAAGGAAGCGCCGUUUCGUUCCUCCGGGUAAUCACCAAAUUCAUGCUAAGCAUCAGAGAAGAGAAGAUAAUAACAGCUAUCGUGGGGUAGGACGACGCUCACGCUGCCCAAAGUGUUACCGUUUAUACCAUAAGUUUGGAACUUGUCCAGCAAACGACCGCAAGUGCAACGCAUGUGGAGAAACAGGACACUUUGCCGUAGCAUGUCGCACCGGUCGCAGUAAGGAUGCCAAUCACAUUCAAGAACAGAAGGACCAUGUUCCAGGAUGGACAGAUGACGAGAAUGAGAAGAAGCAAAUCAAUGCGCUCUCACUCACUGACGUACUUAUUGAAUGUCGAAUUGGAUCUUCACACCCGAUCAAGUUUCUUAUUGAUUCUGGGGCAGAUGUGAAUAUUAUCGGUGGUCAGGAUUGGGUCCAAUUGAAGCGUCAAUUCCACGCAGGCAAGGCUGUAUUACAACCGAUCGAACUGUCCACUAUCAACGACUUGCGAGCGUACGCGUCAGAUAAACCUAUAUCAGUUAAGUGCGCGUUCAAAGCAGAAAUCGAAGUAGUUGAACAUAAUAAGCCUUUGCUCACCACCGAAUUUCUGGUUGUAACCGAAGGACGUCGCUCUCUUCUAGGACGAUCGACCGCAAGCGACUUGAGACUGUUGCAAGUUGGCGCAAUGGUAAACACAUGUGAAGUAGUGGACGUAUCCGAAAUAUUUCCAAAGGUUCCGGGUGUAUUGGUUAAAUUCAGCGUGGACGAGACUGUCCCACCAGUUAGGAACGCCUACUACAACGUGCCCGCAGCAUACAGGAAAAGCGCACGUGAACGACUUCAGGACAUGGAAAGGCGAGGAAUUAUAGAGCGUAUCACAACAGCGCCUAAUUGGAUUAGCGGCAUGUCAGCUGUCGCCAAAGGGAAGGACGAUUUCCGCCUCGUCGUUAAUAUGCGUGCGCCCAAUCAAGCUAAUAAAGCGAGAGUAUUUCCGAUUACCGCUAAUUGA